UAUGUCACUGUCGGUGCAUAGAUUAUGGCAUUCUAGCACCAAUGUGUAUUAAGUGCACUAUUUUUGAACGCACUUUCUUUUUGUUGCCUUGCUUGUAAGUUGAUGGAGUGUUUUUGUUCUGUUGGUGUAACGUUUGUUGAGAUUCUUCUGUGUUCCCCUGUUUAGGGGAGUUAGCUUGGGAUUGGAAGUCUACGCUGGUGACUAAAGACAGCAGUGUGUUGUGUUUUCGAACAUUAAUGUGUACGUUGUGGGACAGCAAGGUGUAGAAUUAUUAUUUAAUUAAUAAAUUCACAGUAUUAAAAUGUUUCAAAUUCAAUGUCAUUACUCCAUUAGUUUGUCAUCAUACUUAUAUUUAUGUCAUUAAAUAUUUACAUUGUUACCAGUGAGUCAUUUAUUUAUUGUAAACACGAAGGUGCCUGGUUGAAUGUCAGGGGCCCGGGCAAACGAGCUAAGGCCUUAACAUAACCCUGACAGUUGGGGGCUCGAGUCCGGCUGUGACUACCAGUCACAGAACCAUAAUUUCAAUCAUUAUAUUAGUUUUAGUUACUUGAUUAUGUAGCAGCAGUGUCUACAAUCCAAUAAUUGUUUACAUAGUAUUGCAUCACAAUCUUGAGUUGUGUACCAUUGGCAACGAUGUAUAUCGAAAGUAGCAGAUAAAUACAUCCUUUGUGAUAUAAGUGAUAUAACACUAUAACUAUACUGUACUAUAUACUAUAUAACUACUGUAUUGCAAGAUUGAAAAGCAUUUUUAUUUUUUUUGUUUUCUAUAUUGUGCUUCACCUUCGAACGAGUGUCUUCUCGCUCCCGGCAGCAAGCGAACGUGAGUGUAAAGUGGCUGUAAAGUGGUACCUGUACUGAAGUCUGAGGCUACUGGUAUUGUGUUGGAUUGUCCUGUGGCGACUAUAUUUCGACGUUGUGGCCUGAGUGAGGCACUUUCCUCCGACGUUGGAUACUGCACAGAUAGGUUUCUUUCUUUGCCAUUUAACCGCAGGCUCUAGGCUUUAGUUGACCUCUUGUACAAUUAGUAGAAUUUUUUAGGUUCCCAUAUUGUAUAUAAUUGAAAUAUAAUACAGCCAAGUAGUGUACAUUGUAUUUACCAUGGAAACUAGGCUGACAAUUACUGCCCAGUUUAUAAGUGAUGGUCGUUCUCUGGGGUACGAAGGUGAAAGGUUAGAGAGAUAUGUGGCUGAGCAGAAAGAAGACUAUGAAAAAGCUAAGAAAGAGGAGUUUGAACGAGAAAAGGCUAGAUUUGAGAGAGAGGAAAGAUUGAAAGCAGAGGCGAAGGCAGAGGAGAAGGCCAGAUUUGAACGCGAGAAGGAGCAGUUUGAACGUGAGGAUAAGGCCAAGCGUGAGGAACACGAGAGGUGGAAAGAAAGAGAUGCCAGGGAGGAACUCAAGAGGAAAGAGGAGAUGGAACUAGAAAGAAUGAAGGAAAAGUCAGCAGCAGCGGCUGCUGGGACGGCAACACAGGCAGAGGUGCGGCCUAGAAAUGUUUUAGAUAAACUUGACAAGAGCUUCCAGGGAACGAAGGAAGACGAUGACCUGAUGGCAUAUUUAACACACUUUGAGGCCGUCGCGACAAGAUGCAAGAUCGAUAGAAAGGAAUGGCCAUUGCUCUUGUCCUAUAAACUAACUACCUUUCAAAGAAACUGUAUGCUGCGGGACAGUCUGUUUUUGAAUGAAAAUUAUGAGGAAGUGAGGGCUGUGUUACUCCGGCAUGCGGAUAUAAACGCGGAAACCUGCCGCAAGAGGUUCCACCGGGUGAAACCACGACAGAACGAUUUUAGGGGUUUUGUCACCGAGCUGCGAAACGCGUUGGGCAAUUGGUUGAAAAUGGCUGAAGUAGGCAAGACUGUGGAAGAAGUGAAAGAGUUGCUGGUAAAAGAUAGGAUACUUGAGAAUGUGUCAGGAGAUGUGUACAAGCAACUGAUAAUAAGUAAGAAAGGCACAGUUGAUGAUAUGAUUGAUGUUAUUGAAGGGUUUAAGGUCGCUAGUGGGGGUGUGUCGCUUGCGAAGGAAGACAGUGUGUAUGUUGCGGCAGCGUGUGAUGAGCCUGGGAUGAAUACAAAUCCAGUUGCUGAAAGAAACGUGGUUAUUUGCUUUAAUUGUAAUAGGAGUGGCCACAAAUCGGCAGAAUGUCCUCAGCGUUCUUCCAUGAUUAAUUCUGUUCCUGAUGUUGAUGAUAGACCUAGGAGAUCAUCUGCGACGUUUUCUAAUCAGCAAGGACCCAGUAGAAAUGUUUCAACAGGGCGUUAUCAGAGAUAGUUUGAUGGUAGUAGUCGUAGAAUCCGAGGUAACAGUUUUGUGAGACAAAGUUAUGUUACACCUAAUUACAGGAGCAGUAGAACUGGGGGCAAUGGGGUGUACCAAAAUAGAACCAGUUUCACAAAUAGAGAUCAAGGUCCACCAGUAAGGUAUAGGUGACUGAGUAGUCCUCGUAAUGUUCAAAAUUGUGGAAAUUGUACUUUAGGGAAAGGAGAUGAGUAUUUUUCCCCCUGUAAGAGAAAAACUUUUUCAUAUGUUGAUAAGUCAUUACGUGAUAAGUCUGUGGGUAAGCUGAAGUUUGAAAAGGGAAGAGUAAAUGGGAUAAGUGUGUCUGUUCUGAGAGAUUCUGGUUCGAGUGUUAUAGGAAUUAGAAGUUCAUUAGUUGGUGAGAAAGACAUGAUUCCUGGUUCUUACAAAUUAAAGCUUGUCGAUGGGACAGUCAGGGAUUACCCAUUGGCGUGUGUAAGUAUUGAGUCGGAUUACAUUGUUGGGAAAUAUGUGGUUGCUUGUUUUAAAGAUCCUGUUGCAGAUUUGAUCCUUGGGAAUGUUGAUAUUAAUGUGAGUCAGGAGUUUGAUUGCGCAGCAGUAACUAGGUCAGCGAAAGAUAGAGAGAAUGAUAGUGGCCCUGUAAAUGAGUGUGGAAUAUUGGAAGAUUGUCGUGAUGUUUUAGGUACGAGUGAUGAUUUUUUACGUGAACAGCUGAGUGAUCCGUCUUUGAAAGAUCUAUGGGAGCGACAUGUGGACUAUUGAGUGAUCCGUCUUUGAAAGAUCUAUGGGAGCGACAUGUGGACAAUUGAGUGAUCCGUCUUUGAAAGAUCUAUGGGAGCGACAUGUGGACAAUUGAGUGAUCCGUCUUUGAAAGAUCUAUGGGAGCGGCAUGUGGACUAUUGAGUGAUCCGUCUUUGAAAGAUCUAUGGGAGCGACAUGUGGACUAUUGAGUGAUCCGUCUUUGAAAGAUCUA